GCACUAGGAAUAGUAAACGUCAUGUAAAGCAAUAAUAUCAUAUUUCAUAGAGCAUCUUUGAUGAAAUUGGUCAAUGAAAUAAGAUAUUAUUGCUUCAUUAUCAUUGAUAUUUUUCAAAGAUGUACUUAACAUAUUUACCAUUACCUCUUUGGUUAAUCUGAGAUUGGCAUACGUGCCAUCCCACAAAUACUGUUUGACAUCCUCAGAAACAUCACAAAAAUUCAUUUGGUUAACUUUCUUGGUCAUGCGGGGACUAGGAAUAAGUCACAAAAUUUUUAAAUGUUCUGUGUCCUGAGCUUCUUUGAGGGAUAGAGGGGGAUAGAAAUGGAUAGAGAACAUCAAGAGAGCACGAAAUCAAAAUGGCUGCAAAUUUAAUUUAAUUUAUAUUUUUUAAUCUACAUUUUAGUACUAAUAUUUUUUAUGCGAUGAUGAGCUUUGAUGAACUGUGCUAAAACAUUCACAUAUUAAUCAUUGAACUAAACUUAACGUUUGCAUUUUGAAUCUGACAUGUCUACUAUGUACCGGUCGGUGUUGGGCAAAUAUUUCAAUGGCAAACAGAUGAUUCCCUCAAUUCGAUAUUAUGUUGCAGGCUUUCCAUCAAAGAAGAUUCCAUUUGUGAAGAUUGGACAAAGUCGCAAUGGAUGUGGCUCCAGUUCAACUUGUUCAUUGCUUGCAAGGACAUUGUCAAAUUGUUCUGCCAUCUUGAAAAGAAAACCUUACUUUAUGCAGAGCAAGAUGUCCACUCAUAGAUCAUGUUCCUUUAAACUUUGUAACACCUGUUAUAAAAAUGCUUAUUCAUCUCAUAUAACCUUAUCAUCCAUUUAUGCUGAAAGAAAAAUUCAUGAAGUUUUCGCUUCACAUUUUUCACAAUUUACCGGUCAGGAGGGUGCUACUCCUGUUGGUGAAAUUCCCAUUGUAGCCAAGUUGAAGCCUCUCUCUGCAAAGGAAAUCAAACCAUUGCUCAAGCCGGAGGAAAAGUCUAAAGUUGAAGAAACUUGUGAGAGUUUGAAGGCCAAACAACAAGCUGAGACUUCAAAAACUUUCAUUGAAGCUAUGGAUGAAGCAUUUCCAUCGAAGAAAACUGAACCAGAGCCAGUGAAAAAGUCAAUUGUUGAGAGAAUUGUUCAUGAGGUGAAACAUUAUGCCAAUGGUUUUCGCUUGUUGUUCAUAAACAUUCGAAUAUCUGUAAAGCAGCUGUGGAAGAUAUUGAAUGGCCAAGAUUUGUCACGGAGAGAAAGGAAAUUGUUUCUACGGACGGUGUCUGAUCUUUUCCGUUUGGUUCCAUUCAUGGUAUUUCUCGUCAUUCCUUUUAUGGAAUUCCUAAUUCCGGUUGCACUGAAGCUUUUUCCUAACAUGUUGCCGAGUACGUUUGAAGACAAAACUCAAAAGGAUAAAGCCAAACGGAAGCAAUUAAAAGUGAAACUGUCCAUGGCAAAGUUUCUUCAGGACACCGUUGAGGAAAUGGCGCUGUCGUCUGAAAGUCCAAAAAACCAAAAGGAGACAAAAGAAUUUUAUGAAUUCAUUGAAAAGGUUUGACAAUUGAAUUAUACGCUCAAAGGAGAGCAGCCUACGAACAAGGAUAUUAUAAGAUUCAGUCGAUUGUUUGAGGAUGAAAUUACGUUGGGAAAUAUGACCUACGACCAACUGAAGGCCAUCAACAGAAUGUUGGGUUUACACACAAUCGGAACGACAACAUAUCUCCGAUUUCAACUCAAUAUGAAACUCAGGCAACUCAGAGCUGAUGAUGUGUUGAUCAAGAAAGAAGGCAUUGACAGCUUGAAUGUCUCCGAACUACAAGCCGCAUGUCAAGCACGUGGUAUGCGAGCUUUGGGUGUUCCCGAAGCAAGACUAAGAUCACAGUUGAGCCAGUGGUUGGAGUUACAUCUCGAUGAACACGUUCCUGCCUCGUUACUUCUCAUGUCUCGUGCUCUUUAUGUCCCGGAGAAACUCGAAAGUCCCGUUGACCAACUCAAGACAGCUUUGUCUACAUUACCAGUGGACGCGGUUGACGAGGCCGAAGUUUUGGCUGCCGAACUUGCUGGUGAAGAGGCUGAUAGACAAACAAAGAUCGAUCUAUUGAAGAAAGAAGAACUUCUCUGCGAGGAAGAGAGGUUCGAGGAAGAGAUCGUGAAGGAAGAGGAUAUAAAACGAAAGGAGUCCUUGGACACAACCGAACUGAUGGAAGCUCGAGAAAUCUUGUUCAGUCAAAUGGAAUUGCUCAAGACCCCCAGUCCAUUUUUGCAUCGUGGCGAUGAUAAAAUUUCCAAGGAAGAAUGGAAGAACUUGGACCAAUCAUGGAAAAGUACAUAUGAUGCUGACAAGGAGGAUCUUACAAGGAUACGAGAGGAUCGUGUUGAAUACCAAGAGGAGCUACGUGAACUGAAAGCUUUGGAUGUCGAAAACACGAUGAGAGAGAGUUCUGCAUCUAUACGCAUCGGUAAACGUGUUGACAAAUUGAUUGAGGAAUUGGAACAAGAACUUGAUGACAAUGUAGAUGAUAUUUCACGGGUCAUUGAUCAGGACAAAGAUGGCAUAAUCACGACAGCUGAGUUUUUGAAUUACAUGAAAGGGAGGGAAGGAUGUCCCAAGGCAACAAAAAUGGAAAAAAUUUCAAAGAUUCUUGAUGAAGAUCAUGAUGGAAAGAUACGAAUUUCCGACUUAAACAAGGUGUUGACUUUAAUUUCGGAACAAGAAGUGGAGUUGAAUGAUCAACAAAUCUCGGACAUCAUUAGCGUUGUUACCAUGGAAGGUCAAGUCGAGGAGGAGCAUAUUUCCUAGCGAUUCAGCUAAGUGGAAACAUUUUUAUAAUAAAUUUUAUGCUUGGAAUUGAACAACCCAAAAUUCUAUUCUAAAUUGCGAACGGUCUAUCUAAAUCUGAGCGCAAGACCAAAAAUUUCACUGUGUUAAAUUGAAGCACGCGACAUCAACGUGAAAUGAAAUGAGAUAAAAAGUAUAUUUUCAUUGACGGCAAUAUGUCAUAAUCCGGGGAAAUAAAAAAUCCGAAACCAGUC